UAUAGCGAGGUAGGGUCUGCUGUUCUUUGUUCAAGAUGCAGGCACUUUGUCAGUCUCUCUCUGGAGCUUACGUGGGGAGUUUCACCCUCCAACAGCCCAGCGAUACGCCUUGUGAAGUGUCGUCUUCACAGGGUUCAGAUUCAGGGCAGAUUCAGGCUGCUGGAAAAUCCUGUGGCUUUUGGUCCCCAGGUCAUGCUAGAACGGGCGGCCGCCUCAAAGCAGUGGCCAACGUUGAGGGCCUGCACUCUACCUUCAAGAAGGAGUUACCCGAACGGGGUCUUGCAGUUCUGCAGGGUUUGUCAUCGCCAGAGACGGCAGUCCAUACCCCCCAAACUUCCCGUCGCAGACUUCAUCGCUCCGGAAGGAAGGCAGUGGUUUCAAUGAGUGCUGUUCCUGAUGAGGGGAGGCCCCCGAGCGCAGUGACUCUGGCUACAAGCGAGACCUCCGAGGCAUCGAUGGCAGCUGACAUCAUGCAAAGAGAUGCGGAGGUGAUUGUUCGGACGUAUGCACGAGCACCCAUAGUGAUCGUUCGCGGACAGGGCUGUAAACUGUAUGAUGCAGAGGGAAGGGAGUACUUGGAUAUGGCAGCAGGUAUCGCGGUGAAUUGUCUCGGCCAUUCGGAUCCAACGUGGGUGAAGGCAGUUUCUGAGCAAGCAGCCACUUUGGCUCAUGUUAGCAAUCUGUACUUCACGGAGCCCCAGGUCAAGCUUGCGUCGCGACUUGUUGCGUCGUCGUUUGCCGACCGCAUCUUCUUUUGUAACUCCGGCACGGAAGCGAACGAGGCUGCAAUCAAGUUUGCGCGCAAAUACCAGCGAGUGAAGCAUGCGGAAUCGACAGACCCGCCUCCUACCGAUAUCGUUUCCUUCUCGAAUUGCUUUCAUGGGCGCACACUUGGUGCCUUGGCGUUGACAUGGAAAGAGCAGUAUCGAACCCCGUUCGAGCCGAUAAUGCCGGGGGCGUCGUUCGCAACUUUCGGAGACCUGGACUCAGCUGCGCAAGCGAUCAAGAAGGGGCGCACGGCAGCUGUCUUUGUCGAACCACUUCAAGGAGAAGGCGGGAUUCACAGCGCAACGAAGCAGUUUCUAGAAGGUCUGCGGAAGAUGUGCGACGAGUCCGGUGCGUUGUUGGUGUUUGACGAAGUGCAGUGCGGGCUUGGAAGGACUAGUCGUCUGUGGGCUCAUCAAGCAUACGAUAUCUACCCAGACAUUAUGACGGUCGCCAAGCCACUUGCAGGUGGCCUUCCAAUCGGAGCGGCUUUCGUGACAGAGGCAGUGGCAUCCGCCUUGAGCUUUGGUGAUCACGGGAGCACUUUUGCUGGAGGGCCUUUGGUAUGCCAUGCAGCACUCGCUGUACUUGAUCGCAUCGAAUCGGAUGGGUUUUUGGAAGGCGUGGCCAAAAAGGGUGAACGUCUGAAGCGUUCGCUUCAAGACGCUUUGAGCGCCAACAAGCAUGUGAAGGAGAUAAGAGGGGUUGGCCUGCUCGUUGGGAUCCAGUUGGAUGUCCCCGCAGGGCCGAUCAUCGAUGCUGCAAGGGAAUCGGGGGUCUUGGCCAUCACCGCAGGGAAGGGGGAUGUAGUUAGACUAGCCCCCCCCCUUGUGAUUGCUGACGAAGAGAUUGAUUUUGCAGUCCAAGUUUUGGCCAAUUGCAUUGGAAAGCUGCCAUAGCAGCCGUCAGGAGAAAGGGUGAAUGGGUAAGUGAAUAUGCAUGGAGGCAGGAAGAGGGGGGGGGGAGGGCGGUGGGGAUGUCUUUUCCAUUGGAGAAUUGUGGAGGUAGGUUGAGAGUUCAGCCUUAUAUGGCAAAGCACCCAAAAAGAAAAAAGGGCUCAUCCUGGAUAGAGGAUAUUGAGCAUGACAGAGGAAAAUAGUUGGGAAUAAAAACGGAACAGACACCGAGGAGGAAAUUCCACCACGGUGCCUCUUUUUUUUUCCUUUUUUUUUUUUUGAUGGUGUUUUUUAGUUGUCACCCAAAGUGAAGAUUUCAAGGCAAUUCAGAGGGAGGUGAAGCAGUCAAGUCCUUAAAAAUCAUGUCCCUAAAUGCGUCGUCCAUGUCAUGCACCCACCCGUCU